AUGUCUGCCAUUUCUAAAUUACCAAAAGCCGUGGUAUUUCCUCCACCAGCUGGCAACAAGGCUACUGCUACUUUCAUUUUCUUCCAUGGUCUAGGCGAUCGUGGUCAAUCAUUUGCUGAUAUCGCCAUCUCGUUGCACAAAUUAGACCAGUACAAGCACAUCAAGUUUGUGUUCCCUAACGCCCCAGUAAAGCCAAUUAGUUUCCAAGGAGGUUACAAGAUGCCUGCUUGGUUCGAUAUCUACGAAUUGGGAGCCAGACCAGAUACAAAACAAGACGUUUCUGGGUUUUUGUACGCUUGUGAAGAAUUGGUUAAUGGUUUCAUCAAACAGGAAGUCGAUGCCGGGAUCCCAUCAAAUAGAGUAGUGAUUGGAGGAUUCUCCCAAGGUGCUGCCAUUUCCUUGUCUACCACCGCCAUCACUAAUUAUCCAUUGGCCGGAACUGUGGUGUUGUCGGGGUUCUGUGGGAUACCAAAUGAUAUCCAAAAGAAGGUCACCGAGGUUAAUAAGAAUACCCCAAUAUUACAAUUCCAUGGGACUGCUGACCCGGUGAUUCCUUAUAGUAUAGGUAAGAGGACCUAUGAAUUUUUCAAGAAUUUGGGAUUCUCCAAAUUAAACUUUACCUCAUACGAGGGCAUGCCACAUACUACUUGUGCUCCGGAAAUGCAAACCGUGUUUCAAUUCCUUGCCGAAGUGUUGCCAGCCAAAUAUUAA